AGCUGGCACUCCAAAACAGCUGUCGCAUCGCGCAUGGGUGACGUGCCGCGCUGGAGAUUCAUCGAUUGAUUUCGUUUUUCGUUUCAGUUUAUUUCGUCGCCAAAGUCAGUCGCGACUGAUGCGACGGAGCCGUGUGUAGUUAUUUAGUUAAGUAGUGUGUGGUGACAAACGUGCAAUAUGGGGUCGUUGUUCAGGAGUGAGGAGAUGACAUUAUGUCAGCUCUUCCUGCAGAGUGAAGCUGCGUAUGCCUGCGUGUCGGAGCUAGGAGAGCUGGGGCUUGUGCAAUUUCGCGAUUUAAAUCCAGACGUCAAUGCCUUCCAACGCAAGUUCGUCAACGAGGUCCGCCGCUGCGACGAGAUGGAGCGCAAGCUCCGCUACCUCGAGAAGGAGAUCCGACGAGACGGGAUCCCCAUGCUGGAGAUCCCAGGGGAGUGCCCUGAGGCUCCUCAACCGAGGGAGAUGAUCGAUCUUGAGGCCACCUUUGAAAAGCUGGAGAACGAGCUGCGCGAGGUCAACCAAAACGCCGAGGCUCUCAAGAGAAAUUACCUCGAGCUCACAGAGCUGAAACACAUCCUCAGAAAGACUCAGGUGUUCUUCGACGAGCACGAGGGCGGGGCCGGUACCACUGAGUCCAUGACGCGGGCGCUGAUAUCCGACGACCAGAACAGAAAUGUCGGUCACGUCCAACUGGGUAUGCGGGAUAAGCAGGAGUCAUUGGAAUUCUUACCGUGCUUCGUCGCUGGCGUGAUCCUUCGUGAACGUAUCCCUGCUUUUGAGCGUAUGCUGUGGCGCGCAUGCCGCGGCAAUGUCUUCCUGCGACAGGCUGAGAUUGACUCGCCUCUUGAGGACCCGUCUUCCUCCGACCAGGUGUACAAGUCUGUCUUCAUCAUCUUCUUCCAAGGCGACCAGCUGAAGACGCGCGUCAAGAAGAUCUGCGAGGGCUUCCGUGCCACACUCUACCCGUGCCCCGAAGCACCCGCGGACCGACGGGAGAUGGCCAUGGGCGUCAUGACACGGAUCGAGGAUCUUAACACGGUCCUCGGCCAGACCCAAGACCACCGUCACCGCGUGCUGGUCGCCGCCGCAAAGAACAUCAAGAACUGGUUCGUCAAAGUCCGCAAGAUCAAGGCCAUCUACCACACCCUGAACCUGUUCAACCUGGAUGUGACGCAGAAGUGUCUGAUCGCCGAGUGCUGGGUGCCGGCUCUUGACCUGGAGACUAUCCAGCUGGCUUUGAGGAGGGGAACGGAACGCUCCGGCAGCUCAGUGCCCCCGAUCCUGAACCGGAUGGAGACCCUCGAGGACCCGCCGACGUACAACCGCACCAACAAGUUCACGUCCGCCUUCCAGAACCUCAUCUACGCGUACGGUGUCGCCACCUACCGCGAGGUCAACCCCGCUCCAUACACCAUCAUCACGUUCCCGUUCCUGUUCGCCGUGAUGUUCGGCGACCUGGGCCACGGCGCUCUGAUGGCCGCCUUCGGGUUCUGGAUGUGCUACAAGGAGAAACCUCUGCAGGCCAAGAAGAUCGACAGCGAGAUCUGGACGAUAUUCUUCGGCGGCCGCUACAUCAUCCUCCUCAUGGGUCUCUUCUCCAUGUACACCGGCCUCAUCUACAACGACAUAUUCUCCAAAAGUCUCAACGUGUUCGGCUCGGCGUGGCGCAACAACUACAACAAGUCCACGCUGCAGGAAAACGCCAUGUUGCAACUCAAUCCGGACUCGUGGGACUACGUUCAGACCCCGUACCCGUUCGGAAUUGAUCCCGUGUGGCAGCUCGCCGAAGCCAACAAGAUUAUCUUCAUGAACGCCUACAAGAUGAAGAUUUCCAUCAUUAUCGGUGUCUUCCACAUGUUGUUCGGUGUCUGCAUGUCGCUCUGGAACCAUCUGUACUUCAAGCGGCGCACCAGCGUGUACGUGGAGUUCGUGCCGCAGAUCGUGUUCCUGGUGCUGCUGUUCUUCUACAUGGUGCUGCUCAUGUUCAUCAAGUGGACCAGCUACGGCUCCACCCCCCCGCACUUCGGCGACCCAGCUUACGUGACAACGAGCGCAUUCUGUGCACCCUCCAUCCUGAUCACGUUCAUCAACAUGAUGCUGUUCAAAGUGGACGCCAACGAUCCUUCGCGGGAGAUGUGCGCCCAGAACAUGACCAUGUAUGCCGGACAACUUGGCUUGCAGAAGUUCUUCGUGGUUGUGGCCCUGCUGUGUGUGCCCGUCAUGCUGCUCGGCAAACCAUACUUCAUCAUGCAGGAGCAGAAGAAACGCGCUCGCGCCGGGCACGUGAGCAUCGAGGCGGGCGCCGAGAACGGCACGGCGGGCGGCGCGCCGCUGCCGGCCGGCGUCCACCACGACGAGGACAUCACCGAAGUCUUCAUUCACCAGGCCAUCCAUACAAUCGAGUACGUCCUGGGCAGCAUCUCGCACACGGCCUCGUACCUCCGCCUGUGGGCUCUCUCCCUCGCACACGCGCAGCUGGCUGAAGUGGCCUGGAACAUGCUGCUCCGGAAAGGUCUGCAGUCUAGCGGGUUCUCGGGCGGCAUCUUCCUGUACGUGGUGUUCGCGGGCUGGGCGGCCAUCUCCGUGUCCAUCCUGGUGCUGAUGGAGGGGCUGUCCGCCUUCCUACACACGCUGCGUCUGCACUGGGUGGAGUUCCAAAGCAAGUUCUACGCGGGCGAGGGCUACCUGUUCCAGCCGUUCUCGUUCGAGGUCAUCCUCGACUCGGCCGGCCAGGGCGAGGAGUAAACACAACCAUCAGGCGAGCAACCGAGAUUACUAUAUGGCUAAUUGACGCACUAUGUAUCUGUUUAAAAUUAUCUUAGUAUAAUAAUAAUCUGCAAUGUUUGAAACGCCCGUCAUUUAUGUGGUCUCCAUGGUAUAAUAUACUACGCCUGGUACUCUCUUCCCGUCUUUUCGUGGUCACGUGACUGACACAAGCCUACGUCAUCAUGCGAGAGCGCUAUAUGAUAGAUAAUAUGCGAUAACGCUAUAUAAAGUGGCAAUGUUAUUGUGACGUAGGCUUGUGUCACUCUGGGAAGAGAAGACCAUGUUUUAUUAGACUAUGUGUGGUCUCUUAACACAUUCAUUGCCAACCAGGCAAAUAGACAUCCGCGCCUGGCCACAACAAUUUCGUCAUAUAAAGCUGUAGUGCCACGAUCCUGACUAUCGGGUCGUGCGGCCUGGGAACGAAAUCAUAAAAUACAAGAUAGUCGGGUUUCCGGCAUUGAAUGUGUUAAAAGUAUAUGAUUGCAGCAAUGAUAAUAUGUGCUGCUGCAGUACUAAGUAUAAGAGGAAAUUCCUUUAUGGUUAUUAGUAUUACUUAUAUCAUCUAGUAUACAUAUAUCAUAUAUACAUUUGACGGAGUAAUUAAGGCCCAAUAGCGCCCAUCUGUUUUAGUUUAAAAAGAUGAAUGAUCUAUACAUUUAAAUACAGCCGUUAGGCAUCCAGUAAUUCCAGUAUAGUAUUUAUUUUAUAUCACAGAUUUGUUAUACCUACGUUUCGGAUCAUGCGUUUAAACUUAAAAUAAUUUUAGAUUUUUAUCAAAAUCUUAUUAUACAGUUAAUUUUUUUGAAUUCAUUGUCUAAAUAUCUGUUAAAUAAAUAAAAUGUCUAUUGAUAUCAUAGUCGGUACAUUUUAAAAAUCUAGAAGCAGUCUAAAGUAAUUCGUUCCAUUAGAUCUCUUGAAAUGUUGCUUAGCCUAGUUGAUGUGAUUGUAGGACUUAGGUCGAUAGUGAAUACACGGACUUAAAGCCACUUAAUAUUGAACCUAGUGUAAUGUAUUUAUUGGUGUUAUUUUCGCUUCUCUUGUAACUCGUAAGAUAAGUAUAAUCGUUGAAAUCAUAAAUGCUGUAACUAAAUUUUUUAUUUUUUUAUACCAGUCCGUUCUCAAGGGUACAAAAAAAGUAGUCGAAGGAACUUUAAAAAGCUUAAAGUUGUGUGAAAUGUUUUGGCUGCAAAUUUGAUGGUUUCGUCACCGUGAAGUUUCCAAAACUGCGAAAUUUUCGUGGAAAAAAAUCGAAUACUUCUCAUGUUUUUGUGGAACAAUCGAAUAUUUCCAUUAUAAAAAUGAAAGUUGCCUUUAAGUAUGUCCUGUGAAAUUUCCGGGAACUUUUGAAACUUUCCGCAACUUGCACACCUGUAGUGCCAUUUACUUCAGCUGUGAAAAGGCCACAAUAUUUGACAUUACUUCAAGCAUCUUAGUACAUUCUUUUGCCUAUGUUCCAAAUAACAUUUUUGUACUUAUUGUGUACAUGUUUUUUUUAAUUGCAAUUUAGGAAAUAAAUGUGUGAAUUAAUAAUUUUGUAUUCUUGCUCCCUUGUACUUAAUCUGAUGUAUUGGUGUGCUCUCUCUAAGGUAGUUCGAGUCAUUCCAGUAAGGCAAUAGUUCACAUAUUGAUGAUCACAGUUAAUAAAUGUUUUAUGUAGUAUGCAAGAA